AUGUCUCCCGCCGUGGGAGGCAUGUGGGCCGCCGCCGCCCUGCGUGUUCUCGGCAAGAACCUGGCGCGCACGUCCAAGAUGCUUCGCUCGAAGCUCGCCGCCGCCGCGACACGUUCAUCAAAUUCAGCACAACAACUCCAGCCCAUUGCCGUACGCAGUGGUGCCCGUCAACCUAUUCACCCCGCCGCAUGGCUUCGCCAGCAGAAGAGCGGCCGAGGCGGCGCAAAGUGGCACUCGACCUACGCCAACAUCAAUGCCACUGUCCGUCGCUACAUCAGCAACACCGCCGGGAAACAGUCCCCUUCAUCCGGUCAACAAUCCCGCUUUGACCGGUCCAAGUUCCCCGUCUCGGCCACCUCCCAGGCCGUAGCUGCGUUCCCUGGCCGGGCUCCUUUCGCUUCCACCCUCCGACCGAACCUUACCGGAGGCGCCCUCCCCCGUACCGCAGGCGGCUACUCCUUCUCCCGGAGCCGGCCGUGCAGGCGCCACACACCCGCCGCCCCGGCUCAAGUUGUCCAGAACGUCAGCCAAGCCGUCCGCGCCUUUUGGUUCUCUGGCCAACGGGCUCACUUUGACGGUUACUCGGCCGAUGGCCGGAAGCUGUACCGGGCCGUCAGCGUGGACGAAGAGAAGGCACGCAACAAGCUCGCGGUUGCGCCGCACGCUCCGGGUUCGUCCAUUGACUUCCACAUCAGCCCCUCCGUCACGGCUCUUAGCCCCUUGGGCGCCAUGAUCCCCUCUUCCCAGAGCGUCGAGGCCGAGAUCCAGACCGCUGGCGCCACCCUUCUCGCCGACAACUUCCUCGAUGUCCUUUCCGUGGACUUUGCCCGCACCCUGAAGGAUCUCGCGGCCGUCAUGGCGGAUCUGAAGGCUCUCGCGCGGUUAGGCGACUUGCCCAUCUCUCUGGAGCGGGCCGACUUGCUAAGGGUUCGGUUCCCGGGCGUGGAUGCCGAAACGGUUGAGCGGCUGUGCAAUGACGUCGGCGUCCAGCGCGGCAUCAUCAAGGAGGAUCCCGACUUCGAUAUGGACGCCGGUGUCCAGGUCGCACUACGGUUCCCAUAUGCCCCUGCUGACGACGGCUGCUCCAAGACGCUCACGUCGCCAGACGAGACCGUUCGUACCAGGGUCUCGUCAGAGAGCUCCAACGAACUCGACGACGCGUUUGUGGAGGAGGUCGAGGAGAACCCGUGGCUGUUGGCAUCGGAACAUUCCGUUGUCUCGGAAGAGUUAGAAGGUUACGAGAGCAUGUCGCCGUCUCUGAAGAGCGCUUCUAGUGAGCACUACUCGGAGGACCGAUAUGAAGGGUUAGAGGGUAUUUACAAGUUCCUGGAGGAAUGCGAUCGUGCAAGGGCGAUGAGGUUCUAA